AUGCAAGGGGGUGGAGAAGAUGCUGUUAUGGAUGAUGCAGUUGAGCUACAACCUGAUGAAGUUAUGAGGGUAAACGAAUAUGAGCAAGUGGUGAGGGUAAACGAAUCUGAGAAAGUGGUGAGGGUAAACGAAUCUGAGCAAGUGGUGAGGGUUAAUGAAGCUGAGGAACUGGGCAGGGUUAAUCAAGUUGUUGGGCAAGUGUAUACUACAGGUCAACCAAGCAAUAGGAAAAAGCUAGAGAGAAUUCUUAAACUAAAGCUUUCUAAAAGAGUUGAAGGUGAAGGUAGUAGUGUUGGAUCGCCAAUGGAGUUAGAUUAA